UCAAACUCCUGACCUCAGGUGAUCCGCCUGCCUCAGCCUCCCGGAGUGUUGGGAUUACAGGUGUGAGCUACUGCAUCUGGUCCUCACCAGACAUUUCAAAGAUCUCAGAAUGUAGCUCUUCCUUUCAGAGACAGACCAGUAGCAACUCAUCGAUCAAGAGACUUUUACUCAGUGUCGACUCUGGGCAAAUCAUCCUAUUAGGAAAUAUGGAAGAAACCCCAAAACAUUUCCAACAUAAGCAAGGAGCUCUCAUUUUAGUUGGAAAGAGAACAGAGUUCUGUGGAUGAAAAGAGGAGCCCUAAAGAGGAUGUGGGAGACGCUAAGGCACUUAAAUUACAUGAUCCCAUUUGAUCAUCAUCACCACAAAGUAACAGCAGCAUUCUUAUUCCCAUUAUAUGGAGGAGAAUACUGAGAGCUGAGAGGUUAAAUGACUUGCUCAUGGUCACACAGCUGGUAAAUGGCAAUAAAAUGCUCAUUCUUAGUCUGCUUGACUCUCAUGGGGCCAGAAUCCAAGUGAAGUUUUCAUAUUGAUUUUGCCUCCCUAUUGAUUUUGUCAGGGAUAAGCAUAUGUUUUAGAAAAAUAAAAUGACAUUUGCCGUGCUUCCCUUCACUCCAUUCCUUAAGGGGAGCUGAGGAACCACUAGCUUUAGAUCUGAAGCUUUAAUGUCCUCUUCUGCUGAUAAAUGAUAUUUCUAAAUAAAUAAUCGUCCUUGUCCGUUUGUGUUUCCACGACCAGAUCUCCUUUUCCUGACUGAAUACUCCCUUCCCCCACUAACAUCUUCCCACGUUCGCUUAGCUUCUUUCUCUCUUUCCUUUUCCUCAUACACACAAAUUCAGACACACACCUUCCCACCUCACACCCAUAUGCAAAAUAAAAUUAGAAAUACCACCCGACUCACAAGGUAUUUGGGGAAUGGAGAUCUUCAGUCAGUAUAGCCAAACCCAGGCACCCCAGGCUCCCUCCCUGCCAAGCCCAUGUGAGAGGCAGACAGUGCUUGUGAAAAGGGGCCCAGACAGCCACAAUUAUGAGACAAAGCUGCUCUGAAGGAAAAAGGGCCAUGUGUGCCUCCCCGUGUCUGUCCUGUGGCCACUGGAACUCACAGGGCUACCAGCUGCUCACGGCCACCAUGUGGCAUACUGUUCUUUCACUUACAUGUCAGAUGCUUUUAGAACGCGAAAAGGUUUCCUGGCCUCUUUUUUAUUUUGAUGUAUGCUGAUAAAUUACAGAGGAGCAGUGUCUGGUUAUUCGAGAAUAGAGGCUGAGCUGAUUAGCAUAUGGCCCUCAUUUCAAGGGAUUGCUCUUGUUUUAAUCAGCCAGUUGAGAAAGCAAUAAAUACGUAUUUAUUUAUUAAGUAUGCCAUCACCCAGAGGAGAGGAACAGGGCAGGUAGGUGAGCUACGACACCCAGGAAGUUGAGGAUGGUGAUGGCACCAAUAUUCCUGCAGUGUUUGAUGUUUUUAAGGCUCUGCUCCCCCCGCCCCCCACUAUUUGAUACACACUGGUGUGACUACCCUCUUGGUGCAUCACGGUACCCACCUUAGAAUAGCGGAGCCUUGGAAGGGGAAGGAAAUAGAAAUAGGAAGGUGGGGGUAGGGCCCGAAGAAGCAGCUCCAAGUUCAAGCUCUGUGUCUGGAUAAACUCCCAUUGUCUUUCCUUCUCCCAAAUCAGAGCUGCCCAUGGGUCCCAUGGUGAUGCUGGGUUGUGUGGAGGCCGAGGGCAGGAGCAUUAACGCUAGAACAAAGUUCAAGUCCAGGCUCUGUCACUUAAUGGCUGUAUGACCUUAGACAUGCGACUUAGCUUCUCUGAGCCUCAACCUCCUCAUCCCCAGAAUGGGGCUCAGCCAGCUUCGUAGAUCAGGCUGAGAGGAUUAAGGAAGCGUCUUAUGCUAAAGGCUUAGUGCAGUGCCUGCUACCUAGCAGGGGCGCGAUAAGUAGUGUCUCUAAUUAUGAUCUAAUCAAGCAGUGCUUGCCCUGGGCAGGCCCUGUUUAAGGGUUUUACAUAGAUUUUCAUUUAACCCUCACAUCUCUGUUUUACAGAUGAGGAAACUGGAAUCUAAGAUUACACUGGAAUUUACAGAUGAAGAAACUGGAAUCUGAGAUCUCACAGUAGUGAAUGGUGAAUAUUCAAACCCAGGUAGACAGGCUCCAGAGUCCCAACUCCCAAUCCUCUGUACACAGCCCUUUCGAGGAGAUGACGCUGGUCUUCACGGGUGUUGCCCUGGCAAGCCGACCUCUCAAACCCCCAGGGUUCCUUCAGUCCGAGUGGAGAGCAGGGAAGGUCGUGGGACAUAGCCGAGAGGGAAAGGCAGGAUGAUGGCUUGAGAAUCCACAUCAGAGCUGAAUCCCAAUCUCCCAGCUGGAACGGGCAGCUGAAACCAGGCAGAGCGCCCCAGCCCGCUCAAGGGGAAUCGAGGGGGGAGGAGGGGGCAAGUCCAUAAUGCUGAGACUGGCGGCCAGAGCACCGCCCCCAGGAGCGGAGGGAGGGGUGGCGGGGCUGGGGGGUGCCCAGUUGCCGUCCCCGCCGCUUCCUUGCCCCUACUCGCUGGCGCCCAAGUGGGAAAACAGCAGCUGCCCGCUCCCUCCUCCCCACAUCCCCGCUACCUGCCCAGUUCCCGAAGCGAAGCGCAGGCUGCGAGCCAGCCGGGCCGAGCUCACAACUUUGCAGCCUCGGGCAGGGCGAGAACCGGCGUCCGGGGCUCCUCUUCUCGGCGACCAGAGCUCGGAGGGCGGGAGGCGGGCGCGAAGAGGGGAUUUUAAUUUCGCCUCAAAUGAAAACGCUCUUUGCAAAGAAACAGCCCGGGCAGCCAGCGUUGGAGAGAUGUGCUGGCCAGGACCCGCUGACACAGGUAUUCUGGCUGCGUCCCCACCCCACCCGGUGCCCGAGAGCGAGUGUGAGUGUAUCGAUUGUUUUAAUUGAUUUUUUUAAGCUAGGUGGCAGAGGCUGCGUGUUUGUACACGCAGAUACAUACAUACACAAAUACAGAUACUCAAGCGCACACAGAUUACACGUACAGAGUCACAGACAAGGACACACACACACAUCGUGGUCCCGCACGCACACAUACCUCCAAAGAGCCUUGGGUAACCGGUGAGGUCCCUGAGUGCUGCCCAAGAUGUGUGUGUGGGUGGGGGCGCAGGGAAGGAGAAAGGGAAGUGUGAAGCAGGAUUUCCAGCAGCUCAAAUGCCGCUGAUACCUCUGCCCCCGACCCCAAAUCCUUCCCUUUCUCCUCCUAGGGAGGUCUGAACCAGAAAUCCCAAACCUGGGCUUGUUUCCACAGCCACAGAGGGGAGGAGUCCUAUCCCCCAGCGCCCCCCACCCUCACAACUUGUAUUGCUGUGCCUGACUCUACCGCGCCAAGGCGCCGAGCUCGCUCAAAACCCCAGGCAACACUCACCCCCAGGAAUGUAAUCGAGGAUGCUGGCCCUGCGGCUGCUCAACGUGGUGGCCCCCGCCUACUUCUUGUGCAUCUCCCUGGUGACCUUCGUGCUGCAGCUCUUCCUCUUCCUGCCCAGCAUGCGCCAGGACCCCGCGGCCGCCCGGCUCUUCUCGCCGGCCCUGCUCCACGGGGCGCUCUUCCUAUUCCUCUCGGCCAACGCCCUGGGCAAUUACGUCCUGGUCAUCCAGAACUCCCCAGACGACCUGGGCGCCUGCCAGGGGGCCUCGACCAGGAAGGUUCCGUGCCCCUCACCUAGCACCCACUUCUGCCGAGUGUGCGCCAGAGUCACCCUGAGGCACGACCAUCACUGUUUCUUCACCGGCAACUGCAUCGGCAGCAGGAACAUGCGUAACUUCGUCUUGUUCUGCCUCUACACCUCCCUGGCCUGCCUCUACUCCAUGGUGGCCGGCGUGGCCUACAUCUCCGCGGUCCUUUCCAUCUCCUUCGCCCACCCCCUGGCCUUCCUCACGCUCCUGCCCACCUCCAUCAGCCAGUUCUUCUCCGGAGCUGUCCUGGGUUCUGAAAUGUUCGUCAUCCUCAUGCUCUACCUCUGGUUCGCCAUCGGCCUGGCCUGUGCUGGCUUCUGCUGCCACCAGCUGCUGUUGAUCCUCCGCGGGCAGACCCGCCACCAGGUGCGGAAGGGGGUGGCAGUGAGGGCCCGGCCCUGGCGCAAGAACCUACAAGAGGUCUUCGGAAAGAGGUGGCUGCUGGGCCUGCUGGUCCCCAUGUUCAAUGUCGGAAGUGAGAGCUCCAAGCAGCAGGAUAAGUAGCAGACAUUCCCAUCAUUUAUCUCUCUCUCUCUCUGUCUUGACUCCUCCUGAGCAUAAAACCAUGGCAGCCUUGUCUCCACCCAUGACCCACUACAACCUUGUGCUGGUAAGGUCCUAGCAUCUUCCCCCCACCUUCCACCCAUGAGAACAGUGUGGGCUGGUGGAUUAUGACAAGGAGGAAAAACGUCCCCCCAGGCAUUUCUAGGCUCCUCACGAGCCAGCCAGGUGGCUGCUAGCCGUUAGACUGCCUCUGCUUUCGUUCCUUCCCCUUGGGAUCCCUGCUUUCCCCCUCUUCCUGGCUCAUCCAUUCUCCACCAGGUCUCAUUCAUCACUGCUGUCUGCUAGAGCCCUUCCUCUCAGCCUCCAUGUUGGGAGAGGGGAGUGGAUUCUUGCUGCUGGUAUGAAACUCCCUGGGACCUAGAGGCUGGCAAAUGUUUAAAAUCACCAUGUGUAAGAGGCAGCCAAGUCAGCUCUGCCAACAGCUAGGGGAGUUGGGAAAGAGUGGGUGUGUGUCCGCAUCCCCUCUGUAGGAAAAAGAACUCAGUAGCUUGCUGCUCCCUCACCCAACCCCCUAGGUUCAAGACCCUUUCUCUGGGAGACAGAAGUCAAUGGCCUGCUUUUUCCAAAUGCUAUUCCCUGUCCAUCCUGCCCCAUCUGGCCAGCCCAGCCCAGUCCAGGACCUGGUGGAUGCUUCAUCUCCCUGGAACUGUUCCAGCCUUUCUACUUGAUCUCCAGCCCCCAGGUCUUUGCCAGAUGAUGGGAAGGCAAGGAAGAAGGGACAGGGAAAGAGAAUUACUGAUAAAGGAAGGGGGUAUUCGACUGUAUAACCAUAUGGAAGUGUGUGUGUGUGUGUGUGUGUGUGUGUGUGAGAGAGAGAGAGAGAGAGGGAGAGAUGGAUGGUGGUGAGAAGUGUUGUUAGAAACAUAUAGGAAUAAUGCCUAGGGGAAAGGGAGAAGUGAGAGGGACAAUUGGGUUCAUUUAUGCCCUAUACAAAGGGCAUUCCAGCAGCUGAAACUUUUCAGUGUUUGAAUGGCUGCCUGUGAAGGUAGUGAGUGCCCCAUCACUAGAGGUAUUCCAGCAGAGUCUAGGCAAUCGUCUGCCGGCAUGCUGUGGAAGAGAUUUCUGCACAGGGUCAUUCUAGGUGAGCUUACACAUUCCUUCCAACCCCAAGGUUCUGGUGUCCUGGUUGUGACUGCUGGACCCAGAGGCAAGAUCUGCGGAGAUGCCUGUGAGAUAUUUGCUUUCCUGGAGGGGAAUGUGGGCAUGGGAGGGGUCUGAAGAUCAGUACCCAACCCAGCCACUGAAGAGAGAGUCUAUGCAGAGACAGGGCUACCUGGGUGGUUGCGGGGACUGACAUUUGAGGACAGGGAGAUGGAGCCGUGUCAUUGUCAGUGGCAGGGCAUGGGGGGCAGUGGUGAGUUAAGGCUGGGGAGUGGAGAUGACCGGAAUAUAAGGGUGCAAUUCCCAGACCAUCCCUGCGCAUCUGACUGACUCCGGUGGCGGCACUACUGUGUGUUUUCUGAAACCCAGAGGACCAGACCCCUGGGGCAUAUAAGGGAGGAGGGACAACACAAGUGCCCCCUCCUGACUGGGUCCCAAAGCCAGUAUGACAUCCAUGUAGGCAGUAGUGCUGAAUCCACGCCCUGCAAUGCCCAACCGCCGACCACAGGGAUCUGCUGAUAGCUGCACAACACCCUGGGUUCUUGAGCAGAGACUGGGAGGACUUUACUGUGGUUCUGCCUUCAUGCCCCCUAGACAGCUAAUGUAGUACUCGACCUGCUCAUACUUCUCCCUCCCAUAUUCAUUCAUUCAUUUAUCCAUCCUACAUAUAUUUAUUGAAUGCCAACUACGUUCCCAGCCUCUUCCAGGCACUGGCAAUGCAGUGGUGAACAGGGUGACAAGAUUCAUGCCAUCAGGGGCACCUUGUCACGGCCAUCUGUGCACUGAUUCACACCCCCUGAAAAAUGGUCACUCUGCCAUCUUGGUGGUUGGUGGGGCAGGUUAUUUGGAAAGAAAGGAUGUGAUAGAGAUGGCUGAAGGGGGGAAGCCUUGGCUGCCUCAAUGGAGGAGUCACUGGGGCAUCUUCACCCCCAAUUCUGGCCAUACUUAAGCAAUGGGAGGGAGAGGGAGGAGGGGAAGGUCUGGGCAAUUUUGGCCUUGACUCUUUCCUGACCCCAGAGCUCAAGCUUAGAAGCCAGCCCUGCCAUUUUCAGCCUCCUGAAGUCUCAGCACGGUGAGGCCCGACAUCCUGAGGAAGGGCAACAGGGAGACCUACGGGAUGUUGACUGCUUGCAGACUGGUCAAUGGGGGAUGAGGGUGGGGAGGUUGCCAGAUGUGAGACCUGAGUAGCAUUUGUACACAUGGCCCUGUAUUGUCCUUGAAGAACAUCAAUAAAAUAUAUGGUUUUAAAUUGGA